CUGUGUCCUAAAGAAAUAGGAAAUUUUUAAUUUAUUUAAUGGCACUAGUAAGCCACAUUGGAUGCUGGUAUUCUGAAGAAUUGCUGUUUUUAUAUAGCAGCAGUCUUUUGGAAAUUAUUUGAAUGCUCUUUUGAUUUCUGGAGAGUUGGGGUGUCUGCUGACAUCCCUUGUCAUCUAUAUGGUGGAAAACACACAUGAUGUAGUAAUCUUACCUCUACAGGUAUGUCUGAUAUUCCAUACUAAAAACAGGUCUGAUACAUAAUAGAACUUGCCACUUAAGCUUACAUUUACACUGUUAGUAUAGAUCUCUAUUUUUAGUAUUGUCGAUUCUGAGAGAAAUAGAAAAGAUAACCUCAGUCUAGCUCUACUCAGAUAAAAUUAACUUUCUUACACAAAUUGCUAGUGAACUAAUGGCUAAUUAUUAUUUUUCACAUAAACAUCUUGUCUGUACAAGCCUUAAAUACUGUUAAAUAGUGUGUGUAGUAUGCUGGGAAUAAACAGGAGGAUUCUUAAAUGGGUUGUUGAGAGGCAUAUAAAACAUUACAUCAUUUGAGAUGCAUUUUUCAUGCUCACCCCCACACCUUUAUCUGACAGUAAUAUUCAUGUUUAUAGUAGUUUACACAUGGCAUGCAACCUCUUGUCUUGUUCCUUUCUGGUUGAUGGGCAUUUUGAAUUUCCCAAAUACUGAUUUAAAGUAUGCUUCAAGGCAUGCUGUUUUGGUCUCUUUUGUGUUGGUUGAUACAAGAUUCCUGUUUUGCAUCACUUUUUUUUGUAUGCUUUAUAGUUCUCAGUGUUUUCUGUGCAUAGAUACAUGCCUACUGGUUUAAAGGAGGAAAAAGUUUCUUGUAGUUGUGGUUGUGCUGCUCACACUUGGAACACUGUUUCUGUUUAGUACAUUGUUUGUACUGAUCUGACGUAUUUCCAAAAUCUGCUGUAGAAGUAGACUCACUGAAAAUGUUGUGAGGGUCUUAAACUAGUGAAUUGUGUUUGGUUUGCUGCAUCUAGACACACAGGAAUACUUGUGGCCACUGAAGACUCAGUCGGUCAUUUUGCGUCCAAGUUUAAGGUGAUUAAUUGCAAGUGUCCUGCUGCCAGGUGUCACCAAGUUUCAGGAUCCUGUUAUGAAGGCAAUCUCUGUUUGUACUGUACUCUGUUGAGAGGGAACCCAGUAGGUAGGUGUGACACAGCUUUGUAGCAUCCCAGUGCUGUGCAUUGCUGUGUACUUACUUGCCUAGGAAACUGAUGGAAAUUCUUCAGAUAUGCAGGAGGAAGUUGCUUAUAUUGUCAGUAACCUAAUCCCUGUUAUAAGCUUGUUUGAUCAUAGAAAUCUACCUUGCUGUGUUUCUGCCAAAUUCAGAAUUGAUGAGCAGAAAGGUGGUUUUUAUAUGAAGAAGUGUUCCUGUCUCUGGCUUAUCUUUCAAUAAGUCUAAGCAGAAACAGUCAGAUUCAAUUUCUGGAGCUCAAUGAUUAGUUUGGGGCUGGGAGACACUUUUUUUUUGCUCUCUAGUAAUAGAAAUAUAAAAUACACUAUUGCUGUUGAAUAUGGUUGAACUGAAGGUGAUCUGAGAGUAACUGUUCUGGAUAGCUGGAAUCUUCAGAAUUUCUAGAUGACAGGCACAAAUACUGUAUGUUUGUCCUUUAAUAUAAAGUUCAGAGAUGAACAGAAAAGGGAUUCUGCUUUGUAGAGGUUUAUGUAGAUAACAAUUGCAUAAGCCUAGUCUUUAACUAGGUAUUGAACUUCUUCCUGGCAGACUAUUAAUUUUUGUGUCUGGCUGCUGUUUCUGGGACUGUCUUUGCUGCCAGCUUGGUUAGAGAUGAAGAUCUCUUACACAAACUUGCCAGUUAAUAUCACAGUUUAGCAAAAAGCAGAGGCAGUGGUACUGUCAAUGUUGUAUAGCUUUUGAACUCAUUUGAAUUGCAACUUGGUUCAUGAUUGCUAGCUGUCUGCUUUGGAAUGUACAUGAGGAUAAAUGUGACUAUUUGACUCAAAAUAAACUUAAGACAAAGCAAGGACAAGAGAAUGUCUCCUUAUGCUGGGGCAGACAUGACAACAGCUCAGUUAAAUGUCUGAGUCCACGUGAGCUAAUACCCUUUAAAGGCCAGGCAGGGUUUUUUGAUACAAGUCAGAGUUUGCAAUAAAGUUCAUGCACAUUUAUGCAUCAUAGCCAUUCUUGUCAAUAAAAAGGAACUCAAUGAGUCAAUACCAGGGUUUGGACAUUUAGACAAAGCCUUUGAUCUUUUUGUUUUGUCACUUUCUUUGCUUCUGCUAAUUAGCAGUAGAAGCUUUCAAGUUCACUCUCAGUCCAGCUGUAUACUUUUUUUACCUGGAUCAUAAGUGGAUUUUGCUUGUCUUGUUCCAACGGUUUAUCAAGGUUUUGGGGACAACAUUCUGGCAGGUGGCUGUGUGCAACUCAUCAGGUUAUAACCAAGCAUUCUCACUGCGUGUGCCAGAUGAUGAAACCUGAACGAGCCUCGGGCUAUGUUGGGCUGAACACUGAAAAACACUGUGGUUGAAACUCAGUGUUGGGUCAGUAAAGAAGUUACGCAGAUAAGACACAGGUUUAGGUACUUGUUUUGGGUUUGUCAAAUUCCCGUCUAUGGUUUUCUGGAACUGGUAGUGCCUGAAGAUCUUCCCUGCAGAGCACUCGAGGUGUUGGGAAAACAGCUAAGCUGCCUGGUUCUUUUUUUGUAUCUCAUUGUGCCUUGUUAAAAUAAAUAAUAAUGUUAAUGGGUAAUAAGGACACUAUUUUUUUCCCAGUGUCCUGUUUCCACUCAUUAAUCUCUACGUCUGUGUCCCAGGAAAUGAGACUUUAAAAACAAUUCAAAAUAGGUACUUGCAACAAGCCUUUGCCAGUACGUGACUACAGUAAUCUUUUCCAAGAAAAACUCCUUGCUGCCUGAAACAGUCAGAACAGGUGGAGUUGAAGCAGAAUUUAUGCAGUGCCCAUGACCUAGCACAGCCCCUUUCCUGGGUUCCACUGCCUUUGUUGGCAGAAUCUGCAGCCGAAGCUUCCUUUUAGUCUGCCACAGAGCAAGUCUUAGAAGCAGCCAUAUCAGAAAGCAGAUGAUAACUAAAUCCAGCUGCCAAUAAACAACAAAAACUAUUUUGUAUCUUCAGGUGAAGAUGUAAGCAUCACAUGAAAGAUAAAAAUCUCAUAGGCUGAACUGUAGAAAUGAGCACUACUUGAAAAAAAUCCUCCUUAAAUAGUUAGACAUGCCCAGAUGUUAAAUUUUAGUGGCUUAACUUCACCUGAGUUACUGUUAAAGGGAGGAGGUAAAACAAAUAUGAAGGAUUAUAGUUUGUCUAUUCUUACAGAUGGUUCAUAGUCAAAAAUAGUAAAUUGUAUUUGCAGAAAGCAAAAUAAUUAACCUACUGAUUUUUUUUUUCUUGGUAGAGUUUUCCCUCCUAUUGAUUGUAAGGUUUGAGUCUUCAGGGUGCAAAAGAGAAUGCUGUGGAUGGAUCCAAUUAAUUGCUGAGAAGACUUAAUCAGAAAAAGAUGGUAUCUUGAGGAUAAAACUGGUGAAGCUCAUGACAUGAAGCAGAGGAGCACACAGCACUGAUGAAUGCAGUGGACAAUGGUGGCGAGUGAAUAUAUUCCAUUAUUUGGUGCCGUGACUCGGAUCGGAGAAACUGCGGGGGAAUCUCACUUCCCAGGACGGAUACCCCCGCUGAUUUUGGCGGCCUGGUGAGUUGAGAACCCACAUAGCUCGUUCCGACAUCCGAACUAAAUUUAGGCUGAGAUAAACCACAAUAAAAGGGAAAUGGAUCCAGAGCAGAGAGCUCAGGAAGGCACGGAGCCUUCGGAAAAGCCGCGGCUGGUUUCCUUCGUAAAAAGUCUGCUGUGCACGAAGACAUCCACGCAGGAAAAUAGCUGACCUUCGAAAGCAAGGGCUUAUUCUCCAAAGUGCCACUCUGGGAUUCGCGAUACACCAGAUACAGCCUGGGGAUAAAGUCCUCAUCAAAGCUUGGAAAGAGCUUCCCCUCACCCCACACUGGGAAGGACCGUUCCUCAUUCUCCUCACCACUGACACUGCUGUUCGGACUGCAGAAAGGGGCUGGACACAUUCAUCCAGAGUGAAAAAGGUCAAGGAUUGCAACACCUCCAAGUGGAAAGUCACCACCCCUCCAGGAGAGCUGAAAAUUAAGCUUCAGCGUCACCACAAAUGACCAGUGAGGACCAGAUAAGUUGGAAGACAAUCACCCAGAUUGUGAUUGUUUUCCUUUUAUACAUUUUGAGUGCGCUUAUUGUAAACAAAUUUGGGUAACCCACUGUUGGGGAGGGUACAGGCCCAAGGGAUUGUGUACCGGUUGUCUGAACAAGGAACAGGAAGAGACUAGCCGUCUCUUAACACUUGCCACCCGGGCAGGGUUUUUAGAACUUGACUCUCCUGAGUGGUACCUGAUUUACCAAAAGGGGAUAAAAGGAAAAUUAGAUGCCAAAGCAGAAGCACUAGCGAUCGAGUGCCGAAAGACAGUCAAAGUACCGUGUAGGACAGAUACGAUUAAAUUGUCUCGGUGGGCUACUUUCAAGAGAAGGUAUGCCACUAGGACUACAAGGGCCCCUGAAGAAUAUCCUUGCUGCCGAGAAGAUGGUAGUCCCCGCCGUAUAUUUCUGUACGGACGAAGGGCGAGGCAGAGGGGUACGCCGGUGGGGAAUCCUGACUGUCCUGAGUCUAGCCGUGUGCUUGACCAAGGGAAUAAUUCCUGAGUUACCUCCGGGGGAGCGUCCCCUGGGGAAGUGUGAGCAGUGCCUAACUGCCACAAAUACCGAACAAAUAAUUGACUGUCCUCCAGGACAACAAAAAGGGUUCUGCUUGUCUAACGGUACUCGGUAUGGUCUCUGUGAAUUGAAGGGGGAGGUCUGGUGUUACCAUUCAGGGGCAGGUCUUAAGGACGGGCAGUCAAAGACUCCUAUAGGAGGAAAGACCAAAGCUUCCCACUUCAUAUAUAAAAGAGAAGUUCAAAUGCUUCCUCCGAUUCCAACCUGUGGCCAGUGUAAUAAAACUGUAUGGAUAGGACGAAAAAGACAGUCCACUUUUCUGGCAUACUAUAAGGUCAACCCUUUGUGUUAUGAUAAAGCAAAAUUAAAAACGUGUACUAUGGGGGGAAAAUUGUACUGGGAAGGCAAAAACCUAAAACAUGAGGAAAAAGCAUCCUUUAACAAUGAACCAAUAAUCCUUGAUUUAUUAAAAAGUGAUGAUGACCGAAUUUGUUUACAAUUCGAGCAAAUAUUCUGCUUUUCAAAAGAUGAAGAAGGGAUGGAUCCUGAAAGUAAAAUAAAACAACUGACGCAAGAGUUAAAAAGGCGAGAAGUAGAAAUCAGGAAAAAAAGAUUAGAACAAGAGAGACUGAAGUCUCUUAGUGAACACUAUGAACAAUUAGAAAAACAGUACAGUGAUUGAGGAUUACCAGCCCCCAACCAAAAUCUCUUUAUUGACCUAAUGCAGGAAAUAGCAACAGAAUUAGGUUUGUCUAACUGUUGGAUCUGUGGCGGUUUAAAAUCGGCCGAAAGGUGGCCUUGGAAGGGAGAGGGACUCACCCCAGAACAACUCCUAAAAUGGGAGGGAUCAAAAAUGUCAAAAACAACACAAAGACCUGAGGGAUGGGCAAUUGACCAGAGAAUUGGCACUGUCUGCAUUAGCAGAGAAGGGAAGGAGUUCACUGACUUAGUGGGUUAUACCCCGUGUAUAACCACCCUCACGGUGAAUUCUGACACUAAGUCAAAGACCUGGCAACCUGAACCACCCGCGGGCUAUUGGGGUCGCACCCGGGAAAAUCAUUGCGAAUGGGUUGAAUUAAUUAAAUUAUGCUGGUACAAAAACUCCGGGGCCAAUCCCUUCCAUGCACUAGAAGGCCUAAAGAAAUAUUGGGAUGAUCCCGCAAAAACGAAUAUAGGGUGGAAAGCUCCCGACGGCAUCUACUGGAUAUGUGGGAAGAAAGCAUAUAGCGAGCUCCCCAGGAAAUGGAAGGGGUCCUGCACCCUAGGAAUAAUCAGGCCCUUUUUCUUCACCUUACCUAGAACAGAAAGCAAAUUGCUAGGAGCUCCCCUCUUUGAGACAUUGAAUAGACAUAAAAGAGAAUUAAAACGAGAAUUACCAAUGACCGGAGGCAGUCAAAAAUGGGGAGAAGAAGAGUGGCCUGCUGAGAGAAUCAUUAAGUAUUAUGGGCCCGCCACUUGGGCAAAUGAUGGCAGCUGGGGUUAUAGAACACCUAUUUACCUCCUCAACAGGCUUAUUAGGUUGCAGGCAGUGCUGGAAGUAGUCUCCAACCACACCUCAGAAGCCUUAGAACUUCUGGCAAAGCAACACUCGCAAAUAAGAGCUUUUGUAUAUCAAAACAGAUUAGCCCUCGACUACUUGUUAGCCGAGAAAGGAGGAGUGUGUGGUAAGUACAAUGAAUCAGAAUGUUGUAUGGAGAUAGAUGACUAUGGGGAGACAAUAAAGGGACUAGCCGCUGAAAUAAAGAAAGUGGCACACGUGCCAGUCCAAAAGUAGAAUUCUAUUCUACAAGCCUCUUGGUGGGACCAAAUAUUUGGACAGAGAGCUUGGUGGAAAAAGUUGGUGUUCUUCAUAACUUGUUCAAUUGCAGGAAUCAUUUUCCUCCCAUGCCUGAUUCCCUGUUUCAUCAGGUUAAUUCAUUCCAUUGUUCAAGGGAUGCAGAUCGCUGCCCUCCCAAUUGAUCCAGAAAAUGACCAAGGGAAGCCUACUCCUUUCUCUUAAAUAUCUAAACUAAUGAAAUUAGAAGAGAAAAGAGAAAACGGGAAGGCAGUUGAAGCCCUAAAGAAAUUUGAAAAUAGAAAUAAAAAGGAUUACCCUUUUCAAGGGUACUGUGAGGAUUCUCUAAAGGACUGGGAGGAGGACGAAUGUUGUUAAAAAGUCCCCAGGCCUCCCCAUUGGAAAUGAAAAUAAAUGAGAUAACAUUUGAGAAUGAAUGAAUGAGAGAAUUUUUAAUGUGAUAAAUUAUUAGGCGGGGGACUGUGAUAAAUGUGGCAUUGGAUAAAAAUUCGUGAAGGAGAAUAAAGAAAUAUAUGUUAUAUUUAUAAUAAUGUAAAGAUAUAAAAUGUAUGAUCUAAAGAUUCCUUCCCGAGUCAAGCAGUAACGAUCCACUCAGGCGGUAACGAUCCACGACGACGCUUAUCAGCCCAAGAUAAAGAGCAGGACACGAGCAAUCAAGUCAGACAAUGAGAGUAGCCUGACUGAGAUAUCCAUCUGCUUCGCACUGGACCUGGACACUCCACCCCGGGAGUCCACCCAGAAGAUGCAAUCAGAAGGCACCCAGGACCAUUCGCAUGUGAAAGGACUCUGCCCAGUUGACUAUUGACUCAGCUUGACGGAUCCGGGAAAUCUAUUCAACCGCACAUCUAGACUCUUUGUUGGACAGUGCUUACUCUGGGUUUUGCCUCAGGAUACGAAAAUCCCUAUAAAAACCCCGGACUACGAUCCCUCCUUCGUGGAUUUGGGAAAAUCUGUACCUCUGGGUAUAGACCCCUGUCCACCCGGCACUGCGCUGAUUUAUUUUAUUGUGGUUUUUUCUCUCGUUGCUUGUGAUUGAAAUUGUUUUAUAAUAAAUUGCUUUUUAUAUUAACCUUAUUUUGCUACCCCAUUUAUAACACGUAGAAAGGGGAGCAGAGAGGCCACAAUAUUUAAAAUAAAUGCAAACUGAAUACACAAGUUAAUGCAUCCCAUGAUCCACAAUGGCAGCUGCCCACUUUGAACUUUCAUGGUGCACUGCACUACUACAAUAGUAAACGGGUAAAUAUCCACACCCUCAGGUCAAUGGCCCAUUCAGGAGUAUGCUAAUUUUAUACUAAGCCAUUGUUAACAGGCAGGAUUUAAUGGAAGUGACUUUUGUU